AACCAAGGCGCUCGACAACAAGUACCCGAACUUUGGUCCUUGAGCUGCAGUGGUAGUAGGUUACUGGUGGUCAAGAGCAGUCAGGUUAUAGUUCCCUCCCUGUCACUGGAGAUUCGUCUUUAGUCUGUUUGAUUAGACCAGAGAGAUCAGAAACCAUGGCCAAGUUCUCCUUCCACGGACUGAUGGCGCCGACUUUCGCUCCCUUUCACAGUGAUGGAUCGCUGAACCUCGACGUCAUCCCGGCCUACGCGAAGCACCUGCGGAAUACGGGCGUCACUGGGGUUUGGGUGAACGGGACAGCAGGCGAGGGGAUGUCCAUGACCGUGGCUGAGAGGAAGAAGCUAGCCGAAGCCUGGAUGGCCUGCAAGAAGGACGUGGGCACCGUGAUUAUCCAGUGUGGGGCAGGGUGUCUACUGGAUACUCAGGAGCUGGCCAGGCACGCCGAGUCCUUAGGGGCGUGUGGAAUAGCGGUCUUCCCCUGCAUCUUCGACAAGCCCCGGAGCGCCGAUGAGCUCGUCGACUACAUGGCGGAGGUGGCAAAGGCGUGUCCCGGCUCCCCGCUCUUCUAUUACCACAUCCCCAUGAAGACUCAGGUUAAUUUGUCCAUGAGCGAGUUCCUGCAGAAGGGCGUGGAGCGAAUCCCAACCUUGGCUGGCCUCAAGUUCACCGACGGAGACGUGUCUGGCGAAGGGAAGAAGUGUCUGGAGGUGGCUGGUCGUUCGCUCACCAUCUUCAACGGCUUUGACGAGCGCCUCCAGGAAGCCGUCAGUCAAGGCUUCAGCUGCGGCGUGAACGUGUGCUACAACUUCUGCGCGCAUCAUGCAGCUGAUAUUUUAUCCCUCAUGAAAGCAGGCAAAGUCGAGGAAGCCAAGGAAGCUCAGAAGGCCAUUGUCGACCUCCUGGGGGUCAUCUUCAAGCCGACUGGUGGAUUUUCGGUGGCAGGAGUGAAGGCCGCCAUGACAAUCCUGACAGGCCUCGAUGUCGGUCCUUCUCGUCUCCCUGUCAAGCCCCUCACGCCAGCCAUGCAGGAGGCUCUGAGGGCUGACCUUGCCGCCCGUGGGAUGAUGAAAUAAUGGGGGGAAAAGGAGAUGGUGGUCUGUUGUUGAUGGUGGGUCAUGGUUACAGGGAGGUUGGAGUAUCUCUGGAGGAUUGGAUGGUAUGGGUUGAUGGGUAUGUGUUAUCUGAAUGGCGUUUGGGUAUUUGGAUUUAGAUAUAGAAUCGCAUAUCAAAUGCCCAUAUCAUCGUCAUUGAGAGACAUGUGAAUGUACUUACGCAAUUGGGUUGUUAAAGAGCCGUUAUUUUUCCAGCAUGCAAAUGUUUCAUAAAUAAAAAUGCAAACAUAUG